AAAAAGAGUUUCAAAAAGGUUUUCCACGUUGAUUUAUUUUCCUUGUAUUGUAGAGAUAUUUUCUAACAUGUCUAUUGGUGCAUCUGUUGUCUGAGCGGCAUUAAUUAAGUAACUUUUGACAAAGAGACCACAUGAGGUUGGUAAAAGGGGCGUGACUGACUGACUGACUGCUGGUAGACUGCAGGCACAUUCAUGGUUUGGUCGGUUGGCGGAGAAUGGGAGGGAGGGAGAGAGAGGAGGAGGAGGAACUACUGGAGGAAAAAAAGUUAAAGUAAAAAUGGCUUCCUUGUCUUUGGAGUCUACAGAACAAUCUGAGAACAGCCCAGAGGAGCCAGCGGCAUCUGACUACAAAGACGAGAAAGAUCCGGUCCAAGUUUCGGAACAAUUACUCCAAAGUUUCCAGAAGUCGGCUCUGAGUUUUUCCACUGACCAAGUAUCAUGUCUGUGCGAGGCCCUUCUGCAGGCGGGCAAUGUGGAUCGCCUGUGGAGAUUUCUAUCCACCAUACCUCCUUCGUCCGAGCUGCUACGUGGCAACGAGACCCUGCUGAAGGCCCAGGCACUGGUGGCUUUCCACCGGGAAGAAUUCAAGGAGCUGUACGCCAUCCUGGACAGCCACGACUUCCAGCCGUCUAACCACGGGUUCCUGCAGGACCUUUACCUGAAAGCCCGCUACAAGGAGGCGGAGAGGUCCCGGGGCCGCAGCCUGGGCGCCGUGGACAAGUACCGGCUCAGGAAGAAGUUCCCCCUGCCCAAAACGAUCUGGGACGGAGAGGAGACCGUGUACUGCUUCAAAGAGAAGUCUCGCAACGCAUUGAAGGAGUGCUACAAGAGCAACAGGUACCCGACUCCGGAUGAGAAGAAAAACCUGGCCAAAGUCACCGGACUGUCCCUCACACAGGUCAGCAACUGGUUCAAGAACCGCAGGCAGAGGGACAGGACCCCGUCCGGGACCCAGAGCAAGAGUGAGUCUGAUGGAAACCACAGCACUGAGGAUGAGGCGAGCAUGAUGGACGACACCCCUGACAAACCGGAGGAGGCCGCUGGCUCCACGGCCUCCAUCAUCUCUCUCUCGGCAGUCUCCGGUAGCACAGGAGGUCAGCUCAUCCUCAACGGCUCCAGUGGCUUCCUCACAGCCUCUCAACCAUUACUACUCAAUGGAAAUUCCCUGAUUUCUAGUACUGGAGCUGGUGUCAUAAUCAACGGGCUAAGCUUGGGCGAUUGCCAGACAGUCACACUGAGUCCGGUUGCCAACUCUCCUUUGAUACUGAACGGGGCUCAGGUAAUAACCAAACCGAGUAUCAGUGUGCAGCAGCAGCAGCAGCAGCAGCAACAAGCAGUUUCUGUGGCAGGUCAGGAGGUUUCAGCCAUGGAGGCCAAGACACACAGUAUUCCAGCAGUCGUUCUUAGCACGAACACCACGCCGGUCUCAAACCCUCCGUCAAUCAUCUCUCUUCCUAUGCAAACUAAGACAGACGGUGGCAACGCUCUGGAUUUCAUCACUGUCCCUGAAGAAUUGGUGACCAAAUCAGAAGGCAGCAGCCAGACAAUGUCUUCCUCUUCGUCAUCUUUAUCCCCUUCUUCGCCCACUCUGUCCUCCCCGACAAGCCUCCCUUCACUGGUUUUAACACAAAACGCCCAACGCCAGGAGUCCCUCACGCUCCCAGGAUCCAUGCCGUCAACAGGCAUGGUCAUCUCCAGCCCUGCCGUGUCUCUCCCCAGUCAGCAAGGGGAGUAUGUCGUCUUUGCCACCGCUGGCUCCCAGUUAACCCCCUCUAGCACUGUGGUUUCCUCCAGCCACUCCACCCCUCAGGUCUUCUCUCUGCCCCAGGUUGUGCCUUCCAUCCAGGGUAUACCAGUAUCCCAGCUGGUGCAGCACUCUUCAGGAGCCCAGGUUUCCCAGUGCCCUCAAUUGGUCCCAGUAUCCCCCCUCACCUCGGCGCCUCCUCCGUUCCAAAGCCCGCAGACAAUGAACGCAAGUGACAGACUGGUGCAACAGCAGCAGGAUGCUUCAACCACGCUGGCUGAAGGUGCCACAACCAUAGUUUCUAUCUCACAGCCUCCCAGUAAUCAGCUCUCACAGCGAGUGACACACCAACUGGGAGACCAAAACAUAAACUCCACACCCAGCAAAAUCCAGGUGCCACAAGUUAUUUCCAUCUCUUCCCCUACUCAAGUGGUCCCAGUCCCACAGGGUAAAGGCACCACACCAGCACAGUUAGUCCCCCUCUCCAUGCCUCAACUGGUUCCAGUCUCCUCCAUCCAACCUUCCUCCACCAUCUCCUUCCCCCAAGUGGUACCCGCCAGUCCCUCUCUCUCCAUCCCCUCUGCUGGAGUGCCUUUACAGAUCCUGACGUCAGCUCCUGCAGCCGGAGGGGUCACACAGGGUCCCCUCAGGAUAAACCAGCUGAGGCCCAUUCAGAGUGUGGGUCCCCCGACCAGUGUGGCCCCUGGUGUGCAGCUGCUCAACUCUGGGAUCAUUCAGCUCCCCUCUGCCUCUCCAGGGAACCUUCUCCUGGGUGGAAGUCCCUACCUGAGUGUCCAGCAAGGGAAGCUGAUUUUGACCAUCCCAGCAGGCAUUCAACUCACCAGUUUGCCUCUGAAACCAGUCCCAGAGGCUUCACCCAUCUCUGCCAAUGGAUUGAGUCCCGUCCUCACCCCCUCCACCCUCCCUGUAGCCUCCCAGCCUUCAACCACCUCAGGCCAAACCCCCAGCGGCCUUACAACGUCCCCCCUGAACUUCAUCAGCUCAUCUCCACCGUACUGUGCUGCAGAGACUGGGAUUGCAACCAGCCAGACCCCCGCCGUCCCCUCCCCUCAUCCGCUGGACCAUUCAGUCGCCCCCACGACGCCGAACACUCUCACUCCAGAAAGCAUGCUUGCCCUCAGCCCCAUGUACAGCGGAGUGACGCCCAGCACCCAGCUGUCCCAGCCGGCCUGGAGCCCCGUGCCCCUCUCCACCUCGGCUAGUCUAACUCUGUUUGACGUCCGCGGGAAGGGGGACCUACCUGUAGACCCAGCUUUGUUAGGCCUACCUGGAGGAGAGUCGCUGCUUCUGGGAAGCCCUUCUCCGGAGCAGGAUGUAGAAGCCAACUCACCACUAGGAAAUCCUGAGGAGAUGGACGGGGACUCCAAGAUUCUGACUCAGCUCCAGUCUGUCCCUGUGGACGAUGAGCUGGGCUUGUAGACUGUUUACCUUGCUGCUUGGCAACCCCACGUCGCUAAAAAACAAUGAAACAUACAGUAGAUGAACGAUUGCGCUGUUGUUUUUAUUAGUGAUCUAAAAGAUUUUUAUUCCACACUGUCAAUCCUCUAAGACCAACAUGUCUUCUGCAGUAUGUUUAGGUUCUGACGUGUAGAACAACGAUGCUCUCUCAGUGAGGCCUGAUACCAUCAUGGCCUCAGCUGGCACUUUUAAAAUGAAUCCUCCGCAGCUCUAUUUCACAUGGAUGGGCAGGGUUAUACGGGAUAUUUACCUACUGGUUAAGCAUCAUAUUAACUGGCAUAGGGAAUAUUCCUCUGAGAAAAAGUUUUGACUAAAUCCAUACGUGCCUUAUCUGCUUUAUCAGAUCCAGACAGGAGAACCAACAUGGAUUAGUGUGCUUGGCCCUCAUCUUGGUUUCCUGGUUGCCCACUUUCUCAGCUCUUCUCUGCAGUUUUGUAGACUGCGGAUGAAAAUCAGCUGUACUUGGAAAAAGACGCCUGUUUUUUUUUUUUUUUUUCGUCGUUUUUGUUUGUUUUUUAUGGCAGCCGUAGUUUGUUGUGGAUCCACCACAAUAGCUGUUCAACAGACUAUUUGGGAAAGGCACAGAUCUAGAAAUAAAUCUGAUCCAGCGCGCAGUGGCGUUUGGUUUUCCUUUUCUUGUUCACAGACUGAAUAUAAUAUUCUAGCAACACUCCAGGAAUAGGGUGUAGCAUGUACUGAAUCAACUUGGUUGAAUUUUAUGUGAAACCAUAAAUAAGUGAUUCUCUUACAUAGCUUCAAGGGCUAUACAGCAGUAUUUUAUUACUACAAGUCUCUGAAGUCUGGGUGGAAAUGUGCAGACUGUUUGCACCUACAAGUGAGAAAGCUGCCCUCCAUUAAUAAGAAUAUAACACAGGAAAUACAGUUUUAUACUCUAUGCAAUGCAUGUUAAGUUCUUUAUAGGACACUAUGUGGCUGAGGCGAGAAGCCAGUACACUUGGGAGAUGAAAGAAGCUUUAAAAUACUGAGCUUUUAAAUGAAGCAUAGUAGUGCGUUACACUAAAUCGAUCGCUGUGAUCCCACUAAAUAUUUUUUGACAAUUGCAUCCAAAAUCUCAGUUUGCUGAUAUUGAUAAGUGCCUUAUAUUAAAGCUUACAGGUUUGACGGUUUUGAUUAAAAUGAUUUGAGUUUUUACAUCAUUUGACAAUUUCUAUAUACCCGACCAAAUUUUCUGGAUUCAUAUGAACUUCUUUGAAUCCCCAUAUUUCUGUGUCUGUUUGAUCUUUAGUUAAAUGUAACGUGACAGUUUUGGCUGCAUGGUCACAGUUCAGUCUCCUAUAUUUGUAUAUUUUGCACAUUUCAUUCACACAAUGUUUACGCUGCAUCGCCGUGUCGUUAUGACAGUGGUUGGACUCUAUUCUGUUCAGAAAUUUUCACUGUGGACCUGAGACCUUCAUUGGAAGUUAAUAACUCUCACCUGACAUAACAGCUGAAAAGAUAAAUCGAAAACGGGAUGCUGAUCUUUCUGAUUAAAUCUGUUGUAAAUUGAUGGAAUCGCUCCUUCAAUUUAAACCUAAAACGCUCAUCGUCGUAUGAGUUUCCACUGUCAUAACGCAGGUAGCGGUCAAACCUUUGGCCAUUUAUGGUACACAAAAAUACACUUCAGUGGCGCAUCUAGUUACAAUAAUGGCCUUUGUAUUGUUAUUAGUCUAUUUGUUGUUUGUCUCUUUUGUACAUUUAAUCUAUUUAAAGCAUGUAUCAAUCAGUUUUCUAGUUUUAACUGAAAGAAAAUGAGUCCUCGUGGAAAAACGCAGAUAGGAAAUGAUAUUCAUUUUCACCUGGAAGGUCACGCUGUUGUGCAACCUGAGGUUUUAAAUCUCAGACUGUAGGUAUUCAGAUCAAUUUUGAUGGCUGAUAGGUCAUUGAAGCUACAUUUUGAAAUAGGUCACCACAUGUUAAUGAAAUUUUUCAUUUUUGUUCCCAGUGGCCCUCGGAAAGAUUAUUAAAUGGCUUGGACAAAUCAAGUUUUUGUCUGAAUUUUAAAUUAGGGGUAAAGGGAAAUGUGUCCUUGUAUGUAAAAUAUGGUAGCCUGCGUUUGUUUUCUGUAUGAGCCAUUUCUUACCAAAGUAUGUAGACAUUGAAGCCUGUGUGGGCUUAUGCACAUUUGUACCCGUUUUGUUUUUAGGGUGGGAUUUGUUUUUACUGUCCUACCUGACACGCAAAGUAUAUGACUCCAGAUUUAACCAAAGAUAAUGUAUUUUCAUUGACUUUUUAAAGGUUUUGAAAGGGAUAAUUUGUGUUAUUCAAGGUUUCUUUUUUUCUCCUUUUUUUGUAUUAAAAUGCAUUCUAUUUUUUAUAUUACAUGAUAUUGUAAUA